GACGCCGACCUGUAUUUUGAAGAGCCCACAGGCGGAAACAGCUAUUUCCGGUGUGCACUAGCUUUACGAUGAUGCGCAGUUUGUGAAUGUUCGAGGUGGGAGACGUUGUUUUUUCUGAUAGCAAACGUCGUCAUCAUCGUCGGAGAUGAAGCCUCGUGAAGCAAUGAUGUCCUCCAUGCCUCUGACUUUGGUCGUUAUUCUUGGCCUCCUUGUUCCACUUCGCUGUCAGCCCGCCAUUGAUGGCCCGGUUCGGGACCUGAUCAACAGGAAUUCUGACUUUUCUACUCGAUUGUAUCGUGCGCUCGCUAGCCGGACCGACAACAACGUGUUCCUGUCCACAGUGACAGUGUCGUAUGGUCUGUCAGCUCUGCUCAGCGCCACAAGUGGAUCGAGCCGGGAGCAGCUUCAGCAGGUGCUCGGUCUGGCUGGACUGGAUCCGCAGACCUUCCCAGACCUGUUUCAGUCGAUGACCACUGCCAUGCUGGGGAGCGGUGCCCUGAACCUGAAACAGGGUGUGGCCAUUUUCCCCGACUCAAGCAUCCAGGUGUCAGCAUCAUACCUGGACCUGGUUCAAGCCAAGUAUGGGGGGACUGUUAAGAGCCUGACCUAUGCAACGCCGCGGGAAGCCGCUGACAUGAUCAACAUCUGGGCUCAGGAGCAGACUAGGGACCAGGUUCAGGAUUUGGUCACAGACCUAAACCCCCAGACGCAGUUGCUGCUUGCUACUGCCGCUCUCUACCAAGGUCGUUUCAGUCAGGCCUUCAACGCCAGCGUUACUCAGGAUGAACGUUUCUACGUAGACAAGUAUCAUGUGGUCACGGUUCCAAUGAUGUUCAGGGCGGACAAGUACUUUCUGGCGUAUGAUCGCUCGCUCAAAGUUGGCGUGUUGAAGCUGCCGAUGGUAGACGGAGCGGCCAUGUUGGUUGUGCUGCCUGAUGAAGAUGUGGACAUCACUGCAGUGGAAGAAGAAGUGACAUCAGAAAAGAUCCAGUCCUGGAUCCGGCAGUUGAAGAAGACGAAGUUGGAGGUGCAGUUGCCACGCUUCCUGUUGGAGAGUUCCUGCUCUCUGGGGGAUGUCCUGCGGACUCUGGGGCUGGUCCAGGUGUUUCAGGAUGACGCAGACCUGAGCACCAUGGGCGCCACUCAAGGCACCAAACUUUCGCAGGUGUUUCACAAAGCCGUCCUGUCAGUCGAUGAGAGUGGCGAUGGUGACACCUCUGGAGGCGGAUCCAGCGUCUUUGCUACCCCUCCCCCUCGACUCACCAUCAACAGACCCUUCCUUUUUGUCGUGUACCAUCAGACCAGCGGCGGGGUGCUCCAGAUGGGCCGCCUGCUCGAUCCCACCAAGAAAUAAAAGAGCUGACACAGCAAUUUAAAGUCAUCUAGUGUCCCGCACUACCAAAGUGUCCAGCCUGUGUGCUCUGCAUGUUUCUGCUGGUUCAAUACAGACGCUACCCUACUUAUGAACACUGCCGUUAGCAAUAUUUGACUGCCGUGUUCAUUCAAAUCUUAUUCACUCCUUUGUGCUCCUUCAAUGUAGUACGUUUUGAAAUCUAUUCUGCCAAAUCCACCCCGGCCAUCCCCCCCAGUGUCACUUUGGUUUGGUUUCUGUGUCAAGGAACAAUGAUGCAGAGAAAGAGCAUGACAGAACAGAUGCUAAGGCAAUGGUGUCCCAAGUGUGGCCCGCGAUGCAUUCUAAAAAUACAGUUUAACAAGAAAAAAAAAAAAAUACAGCAACAGUAGGAAGGAAAAAAUUGGUAAUUUUUACCAGAUUAAAAUCUAAACAUUAAAAAAAUCUUUAGAGAAUAACGUGCCAAUGUUAGCAGAAAAAAAUAGUCAUUCUUGUAGCAUAACAUUGAAAUAUUAAAAAAUAAUUUAAAAAAAAGUCGUAAUAUUAUGUCAAAACAAUGAAUAAAGUUGUAAUUUUUUCGAAAAUUAGGUUGCGGAAAAAGUUACAAUGAGAAGAAUAAUCCGGGAAUAAAGGCAAAAUAUUAUGGUCAUAAUUACGAGCAGAAAAUUUCCAAGAAGAAAGUGGAAGUACUUGGAACAUUAAAAAAAAAAAAACUAAUUUGAUGAGAAUAAAGUCAAAAUAUUUAGAGAAAAAACUCAUAUUCUAAUGAGAGAAAAAGUUGCAAUUUUAUGAGAAUAAAGUUGUAAUAUGAGGAAAGCUUUACUAGCAUAGAGUUGAAAUAGUAAAGAAAAAAUGUUAUUUCAUAAAGUCGUAAUGUUAUGAGAAACAAACAAAACAAAUUGAUGUUUUUGGAAAAUUAGUUUGGGGAAAAAGUUAUAUUACGGGAAUAAAGUCAUAAUUUUACAAGAAGAACAUUUACAAAGAUUAUUUAAGAAGAAAGACAAAAUAUCUAAAAAUAAAAAAGGGGGAAAAAAAGACCAAAGUUCAUACAAUGAAUGCGCUUUUCCAUCUAUAUUACAAAGCUAAGCAGUUUUUUUUUCUUGAAAUAUAACUUCUUAGCAUAUCUACGUGUGUUGUUUACAAAAUAUCAAAAUGGUACUUGGAGCCUUUCUCAGAAAAAGUUUGGACACCCCUUUGCCUAAUAGUGCAGGAAAACCAAUUAUAUAAAAUAGCAAAUAACAACUUACCAACAGUUCAAAAUACAAACAGCCUUCGGGAAUGUAACUAGUUUGUAGUUGACUAACAUCUUUAGUGAGCAUUUUAUUAGGAACAUGUAUGAUCUAUAAGCAUCACUUCUGCAUGAGUUGACCUUUCACCUGUUGUAACUGAUGAAUAUUGUGCUUGUUGAGUGUGAUGUUUGUCCACACGGACCUUUUUACCUAAAUGAUUAAUGGCAGCACAACAUGUGUCAACACUGACAAGGCUCAUUUAAAGGAAUGUAACAAUAAUAUCAAUCAGGCCGCUGCAGCAAAAAAGGAUGUAACGGUGUCAAGUCAUUGGACUUUAAUAAAAUUGUGUCAAAUCAA